ACCAUGCAGGGUCUACGGAGUCUGGCGUGCAUCCUCUGCCUUUGGCUUCCUUGGCUGCAGUGUGAAGAGCCUGCCAGCACCCUCCCGGAGCAGGUGCACCUGUCCUACCCAGGGGACCCUGCCUCCAUGACAGUCACCUGGACAACGUUUGGCCAAGCGGACUCUCUUGUGGAGUUCGGUCCAGACCCGGGAACAGCCUUCACCCGCCGGGCCCGAGGACGUGCCACGAAGUUUGUGGAUGGGGGCAAGCUGCACCGGACCAUGUACAUCCACAGGGUCACCUUGAAUGACCUCCUGCCAGGGCACCGUUACGCCUACCGCUGUGGGAGCCCGAAGGGGUGGAGCCGGGCCUUCCGCUUCCAGGCCGUGCUGAACGGCAGCGACUGGAGCCCCCGCUUUGCCGUGUUCGGGGACAUGGGCGAGGAGAACCCCCAGUCCCUGCCUCGCCUGCUGCACGACACAGAGAUCGGCUUGUUUGACAUGAUUUUGCACGUGGGGGAUUUUGCCUACAACCUGGACACGAAUAACGCUCGUGUUGGAGAUGCCUUCAUGAGGAAAAUUGAGCCCGUGGCUGCAGUGUUGCCAUACAUGACCUGCCCAGGGAACCACGAGUCAAAAUACAACUUCUCCAACUACCGUGCCCGCUUCACCAUGCCCGGCGACACCGAGAGCCUCUGGUACAGCUGGGAUGUUGGCCCUGCUCACAUCGUCUCCUUUUCCACGGAGGUGUACUUCUUCUUGAAGUACGGAAAGCACCUGGUGGCGGAGCAGUUCCAGUGGCUGGAGACAGACCUGCAGGAGGCGAGCCGGCCGGAAAGGCGCAAGGAACGCCCCUGGAUCAUCACCAUGGGACAUCGGCCCAUGUACUGCUCCAACAACGACCUUGACGACUGUACGCGGCACGAGAGCAUCAUUCGUCGAGGGCUUCACCCGCACCAAUAUGGCCUGGAGGACUUGUUCUAUAAAUACGGGGUUGACCUGGAGUUCUGGGCUCACGAACACUCCUACGAGAGGCUCUGGCCUGUCUACAACUACAAGGUUUAUAACGGCAGCGCUGAGGCCCCGUAUACAAACCCUGGUGCCCCCGUGCAUAUUAUCACCGGGUCAGCCGGCUGUCGAGAACAACUGGACCCCUUUGUCCCUGAGCCGCGAGAAUGGAGUGCGGUGCGGGUGGAAGAUUACGGAUACACUCGCAUGCAGAUCUUCAAUCGAACCCACCUCUGGCUGGAGCAAGUGUCGGACGACCAGGACGGAAAGGUUGUGGACAGGAUUUGGCUGAUCAAGGAGCGGCACGGCCCCCAAGCGUGGCACUGA